ACCUGCUACAGUCAAGGGAAGGGACGUGAAUAAGACAACCAAGAAGCUUCUCUGAGACAAACUUCAACCACACGGACUAUUACUCGUGCAUUUUCUCUUACGGAUCACAAUACAAAUCUGUAAUCAUGCCUGUGUCACGAAUGAGGAUGAGGCCAUGGCUGGAGCAGAUGAUCGAGUCUAAGGCCAUCUCUGGUCUGACCUGGAUAGACAAGGAUAAGACAAUGUUCUCCAUUCCCUGGAAGCAUGCAGCCAGACAUGGAUGGGAGCUGGACAAAGACGCUUGUCUGUUCAAGAAAUGGGCCAUCCACACAGGAAAAUAUGUGGAGGGCCAGACCUGUGACCCAAAGACGUGGAAAGCCAACUUCCGCUGCGCUAUGAACUCACUGCCUGAUAUUGAGGAGGUUAAAGACAGGAGCGUCAACAAAGGCCACCAGGCAGUGCGUGUCUUCAGGAUGCUGCCCGCCUCAAACAAAUCAAGAGAUAAACGCAGCAAAGUUAACAAAUCAAAGCCAAGGAAGAAGGUCAGGAUGGAGGAGGAUGAGGAUGAGGAUGAGGACUACAGUUGCACCCAGUCUCCCACCAUGGAAAUGUCACAUGACAAUAUUUCAUCCACUCAGGAAAACACAGUUGACAGCACAGUGAAGACAGAACAGCAAGAUUUCUUACAUUACAGUCCAUCUGAAGUUCCUGACUGGUCUUCAACAGUUGAAAUCAGCUCUGACACUUUUGCAAAUAAUUUCUGUCACAGAUUACAAGUCUCACCUGAUCACAGUCCAGAGUACGACUACAUCAUCGAGAUUUGUCAGCAACUGGAGAAAGAUUCACUCCUGAUGUCAUGCAGUUCUGACGACAAGGGGUUCCUGAACAAUGAAGCAUGCACCAGUCCAGGAAGUCAUUGGAGUGAGGCCUCCUCAGCAGACGAUCUAGACGACCUGCCACAGUACAUGACGUUAGGCUCAGACUUCCCAUCAGUAACAGGCAACUUCUGGGACACCUUCUGCCUACAGAACCGUACCACGCUGUUCUGAGAGCUCCAGGACAGUGCUCAUUUUGGACUUUUUUAAAGAGCUCUUCCUGCUCACUAUCUCCUCAUCAUCCCUUCCAGUCUGUGAUAUGGGACAAUGUCCAAACAUAAAGCUAAAACCCCGGCCACUGGAGAACGGCGUGCUUGGUAGCAGUUCAGGAAGCUUUCUACACCAUUCUUACACCGUUUUGUGAAAUGCGGACAACGUCUGUGCUACUCUGUUAAAGGAACACAUUCUGUUCAUUAGAAGUUUUUGGUUGAUUCAAGGCUGUUGGGUGCUCAGUUUUGUUCUAGCAGGGCUUGUAUUUACAGAACAUAGUUUUAGAGGUAGUCAGUCUGUAUACACAUAGGCUAAUAAUCUGUUUAUAGACCAUUUUGUCACAUAAUCUUACAUGAAACCAUUUUUCCGUUACAUGUUAACAUAAACUUUAAUGGACAGAUGUACGUGAAUAUCUGAACCUCACUUCUGGUGAAAGCUCUAAUUCUAUUUCUACAGUUUUUUGUUAAAUAAUUGUAAAAAACUCUUCUGUAUAUAUGUAUAUGGGUUUGUAUGUGUGUGUGUUUUUUAUACAGAAAUUAAAAUCCAUUGUGAAAACUAAAAA